AGGAGUGGUGGGAGCCGGGAGGGAGGGAGGUCGCUCGCCGCCGCUACCGCGAUGCUGCCAACGCCGCCGCUCUCGCCGGGCGCCCACACCUGGCAGGCGCUGGCCCACGCGGCCGCCUGCGUGCUGCUGCUGCCGCGCUUCCUGCUGACGGCCGCGAUGCUCUGGCUGCUGGACUUCCUCUGCAUCAGGAAGAAGCUGCUGCUGUCGGCCGAGGAGGCGGCGGCGGCGGCGGAGGCCGCCCGGGGCCCCCCUCCGGACGACCCGCCGCUGUGCGUGUCCGACUCGAACCGCAUGUUCACGCUGGAGUCGCUCAAGGCCGUGUGGCACGGGCAGAAGCUGGACUUCUUCAAGGCGGCGCACGUGGGCGCGCCGGCGCCCAACCCGGAGGUGGUGCAGCUGGACGGGCGCACGCGGCUGCGCAUCCUGGACUACGCGCGCGGCCCGCGCCCGCUGGUGCUCAACUUCGGCAGCUGCACCUGACCGCCCUUCAUGGCGCGCCUGCGCGCCUUCCAGCGCCUGGCCGCCCGCUUCGUCGACAUCGCCGACUUCCUGCUGGUGUACAUCGAGGAGGCGCACCCCUCCGACGGCUGGGUCAGCUCCGACGCCGCCUUCGACAUCCCCAAGCACCAGUGCCUGCAGGACCGGCUGCGGGCCGCUGCGCUGCUGCGCGAGGGCGCGCCGGCCUGCCCCCUGGCCGUCGACACCAUGGACAACGCCUCCAGCGCCGCCUACGGGGCCUACUUCGAGCGCCUCUACAUCGUCCAGGAGCGGACGGUCAUGUAUCAGGGCGGCCGCGGGCCCGAGGGCUACAAGAUCGCCGAGCUGCGCCGCUGGCUGGACCAGUACCAGAGCCGCCUCCGCGCGGCCCCGCCCAGCACGGUGGUCGUCCAGGUGUAAGAAGCCGUCGCGGAGGGCGCCCGGGGCCGGGCACAGCGCCCCGGACCUCCUGGGGGACUUUGCGCGCCAAAUCGCGUCCAGAGACGCGCUCGCUGCUCGCCUCGUGUGGACUCGCCCAGCUCGUCGCCGUUCCGUUCCAAACGCAUUUGGGGGUUGGUGUUCUUUGGGUCGUGUGAAUGUGUUCGACUCUCUCUUUGUCGGAGGGGAGGGGAAGAAGUGUUUACGUUUUUUCAAGGAACUUUACCGGUCCACGUGGGUGCGCACGUGUCAGUGUGAAUGUGUUCAGUGGGAUCCGGUCUUCUGCACUGUGUGAGUGUGUGUGUGUGAGAGAGAGAGAGAGAGAGAGAGAACAGUUUGUUUGACCCGCCCGGGUGGUUUUCUGCCUCCCGAGCCCUCCGCAGGGAUUUCUAGUGUUUCUUUGUGACGACCGGUUUUGAAAUGGUUAACCCGAUGCCAGGAAAUCGCGUCCGAUGAUCCGAGAUACUAGAAUCACCAGGGGAAAGGGGAAGCUGCAGAGAAUGUUUAUUUAUGUGGCAUUUGAGUUGGCUCGUUGGACAUUUUUGUAAGGUGCUCAUUCGUGUCUUUUUUAAUGAACUUUUUUAUAACGUUAUUAAUAAAAAGAUAUUAAAUAAA